AUGCCCUAUAUCCUCCCCUCCCUCGCCCUUCUCGUCCUGGUAUCAGGCACAGUCCUAUACCUGACCCGGUCAUCGUGGCUGCAUCUGAUGCCCGACCUCUCCAACCCCCGCGACUACUUCUAUGCGCGACUGCCCUCCACAUUCACCGGCGACAUCGAGGCUGGACUCAGCAGCGACACCUUCGACCUCUCCGGCAACGUGACUGAUGGGGACGCCAGGGCCGGUCUCGACGAUACCGCUAAGCGCGAGAUCCUGGCCAUCAUGAAGAAGAGGCGCCUCAAGUUCGACCAGGCGAGGAAGGUCUACAUGGAGCAAAGGUUCAGCGCCAACGGCAUCGGGCCUGACGGACGGCCGAGGGAUCCCAAGUUCGUCAGUUUCUCCUGA